GGCGUCUCCGGGCCGACCCAGCGAGGGAAGGACGCGGGGUCUGGGCUGGGAGUUGGUUCCCAUCCCCCAGGCCCUCCGGUGUGACCGCCACUGGCCCAGCCAGAGGCUCAGUGCUGUGCUCAGGGAAAUCCACUUCCGAGUGUUUACGGAGCGCCUGUGUGUGUGUGUGUGUGUGUGUGUGUGUGUGCGUGUGUGAAAGCGUGUGAGUGUGCAUGAGCGUGUUCGAGGGAGCGAGCUUCGGCGCUGGUGGGCGGGGACGGGGAGGGCCCUCACGGGUCCUAUUUAAGCGCGCAGCUCCCAGGGCCCCGAGUCUCAGCGGCGAGGUGCGCGGGCAGGGCAGUGAGUGGCACGGGCACCUUGGCGUCCUGCCCUGGCCCCACGUGGCCAGCACCCGGUGGACCCAGCGAGCUCCUGAUGUGAGCCUCCCUCGGGUCCCGUCCGCCGACGAGGAGUGCUUCUUCGACCUGCUGAGCAAGUUCCAAAGCAGCCGCAUGGACGACCAGCGCUGCCCGCUGGAGGAGGGCCAGCCCGGGGCUGCCGAGGCCAUGGCCGCCCCCGCCCUGGAGGAGAGGAUGGCCCAGCCCUCGCUCACAGCCUCCCCGCAGACGGAAGAGCUCUUUGACCUCAUCGCCAGCUCGCAGAGCCGCCGGCUGGACGACCAGCGCGCCAGCCUGGGCCGCCUCCCGGGGCUGCGCGUCACCCACAACAACCUGGGGCACCUGCGUGGCGACAGGGACCCCCAGGCGCCGGGGGACGAGUUCUUCAACAUGCUCAUCAAGUGCCAGUCCUCCAGAAUCGACGACCAGCGCUGCCCGCCGCCCGACGGGCUGCCCCGCGGCCCCACCAUGCCCGACGAGGACUUCUUCAGCCUCAUCCAGAGGGUGCAGGCCAAGCGCAUGGACGAGCAGCGGGUGGACCUCGCCGGGAGCCCGGAGCAGGAGGUGGGCGGGCCCCCCGAGCCUCGGCAACAGUGCCAGCCCGGCACCAGCUAAGGCCUCGAACCCACAGCCAGGCCCACCCUCCUGGAGGCCCAGGGAGCAGCUCUAUCGCCCAGGAUGCCCACAGCCUCUGAGAAGCUCAUCCUCCCUAGGCCGUGGCUGAAGGCCGGCUGGGCCCCCGCCCUUCCCACUGAGCCGGACACGGGGCACCGCCCCCACUGAAUGCCCCUCCCCAGGGAGGCAGGCUGGGCCAGGCCAGGCCGCCGGGGGGAGGCCUUCUCUGUCCUGGGCCCGCCCCCCGUGGUACACAGCUCCCCGCAGGCCUUCCUGGUCAGCCCUCCCUCGCCCCGACCCCUGCCCAGGUGCUGUCCAGGCCUGGGCCUCUCCCUGCCCCACCGCUGUCCUGCAGCCAAAUGUGAAAACCCUGCUGCCGCCCCACCCCCCAAAGGUUCUGUGCCGCCUCCUCAGGGGGCCGCCAGCGACAUGGACGUCCCAGAGCUGGUCCCAGGCAGGCCAAACGCAGACAUGCUGGUCCCAGCCCCGGUCUCUCACCCCCAGGAGGGCCCCUCCCUCCCACCCAGGCUGCAGCGGGGGGACAGGAAGCCCACAGUGGAGGCAGGUGAGCCUGCUCCCACAGCCCCUGGCCCUGAGCCCCAGCCCCACACGGCCCUGAGCAGGCAGGCCCGAGAGGAAGGAGGGGGUGAGUGUCCACAUUCCUCAGCUCCAAGCUCGGGAGCCCAGCCAUGGAUGGGGCCUGGGUGUGCGGGGACCGGGACCAGCCAGGCCUGCACCUGGCCGUGCAAGACGGGCAAUGGCCUGGAGGCUGCCACACCAUGCCCACGGGUGGCAGCGGGUCAGCAAAGCUGGGAGGCUCAGCUCCGCCCUCCCCCACCAGCUAGGGUUACGUCGUCCCUGCCUCCUCCGUAUGUGGAGGGGGUCCUGCCCCUCCCUGUCCCCAAGUUGGCACGGGAUGGGCAGGAGACAGCCCUCACCCACACCCAUUCCUGGGCCCACUCGCAGGCCCCCCUCUACCCCCCCCCCCCCCGGCCUGGGGUUGAUUCUCAGCCCCAAGACCCGGGACAGCCCCUCCUCUCCAGGUCCUGCUCUCAGCCCAGCCCUGGGCUCUGGGGGGAGGGGAGGGUGCUGGGGCCCCCCUGGCGGGGUGUGAUGCGGGGUGUGGGGACCGAGGGCGGGUCUGGCCGCCGGUACUUGAAUGGACAUGCGUAUUUAUUACCCUCGCGUUUCUGCCAUUGUCCAAGGGCCCUUCCCAGACCAAGGGUACAUUUGUUUUUCUGUUUUUCCGGAGAAAUAAAGUCGGCCAAGCGAA